AUGGAGCGCAUAGGUGACUUUGUCGUCUUGGCGUUUCAUGAAGUGCGUGACGCCGCCUCGCUGCAUAGCCGCCUCAAAACGCGCGCCACCCGUGCCGCCUGCAUUGACUCAGCGUACGUUGUGUCGCGGCUGCACCUGGUCGUGGCGCUGCACCGCAUUAGCGCUGCACCGCUCGUUACUGGCCCAGGCGACCGUGAGGCAGCUGCAGCACCGACAGACCGCGACAUCUUCGCCGCGCUCUCCCACACACGAAACCUCCACAGUGUGAUGAGGCGUCUUACCUGUUGCGAGACGACCAGGGCGGUAGUGGUUGUUCUAUACGCCCCGGCGGACAAGGCCAUUGCGACCGUGCUUGAGGCUGUUCAGGGGAAGCAGCACGGGCUUUCGUCGCUGGAGACGUACUGCGACGAGGCAGCUGUGCGGGACUUUUACGGCGUUGGGAGCAGCGAAGCGGCGACACUUGAGGUUGCGGUUGUGAACCGCCUCUCCACUAGCGACAUUUGA